CCCGAGCCAAGGAGUCCUGCUCAGAAAGCUGGUCACUGGAUCUGAGAAAUUUCCCAGGGGACCACAUUCCAGAGACAGCCGACUCUGUGGAGCACCCUCACCCACCUCCUGCCACGUUCCCUCGGGGUCUGGCGGAAAGAUGGUGGGGACCAAGGCCUGGGUGUUCUCCUUCCUGGUCCUGGAAGUCACAUCUGUGCUGGGGAGGCAGAGGAUACUCACCCACUCGGUAAGAAGAGUCCUGCCUGGGAGGAGGACCUCCAGCAUCUUUGCCAAGCCUGCUGACACCCUGGAGAAUCCUGGCGAGUGGACAACAUGGUUCAACGUCGACCACCCAGGCGGGCAGGGCGACUAUGAGCGGCUUGACGCUAUUCGCUUCUACUAUGGGGAUCGCGUAUGUGCCCGUCCCCUGUGGCUAGAGGCUCGGACCACUGACUGGACGCCUGCAGGCAGCACUGGCCAGGUGGUCCAUAGCAGUCCUCGUGAGGGCUUCUGGUGCCUCAACAGCGAGCAGCGGCCCGGCCAGAACUGCUCCAAUUACACCGUGCGCUUCCUCUGCCCACCAGGGUCCCUGCGCGGAGACUCAGAGCGCAUCUGGAGCCCGUGGUCUCUCUGGAGCAAGUGCUCAGCUGCCUGUGGUCACACUGGGGUCCAGACCCGCACGCGCACCUGCUUGGCGGAGACAGUGUCGCUGUGCACUGAGGCCACUGAGGAGGGUCAGCUCUGCGUGAGCCCAGCCUGUACAGCCUGUGACCUGACCUGCCCCAUGGGCCAGGUGAAUGCUGACUGUGAUGCCUGCAUGUGCCAGGACUUUAUUCUUCAUGGGGCUGUCUCCCUCCCUGGAGGUGCCCCAGCCUCGGGGGCCACUGUCUACCUGUUGACCAAGAUGCCUAAGCUGCUGACCAAGACAGACAGUGGUGGGAGGUUCCGAGUCCCUGGCUUGUGCCCUGAUGGCAAAAGCAUCCUGAAAAUCACAAAGACCAAGUUUGCCCCCAUUGUACUCACAAUGCCCAAGACUAGCCUGAAGACAGCCACCAUCAAUGCAGAGUUCGUGAGAGCAGAGGCUCCAUACGUGGUGAAGAACCCCGAGACAAAAGCACGGAAAGCUGGGCAGAGCGUAUCCCUGUGCUGUAAGGCCACGGGGAAGCCCAGUCCAGACAAGUAUUUCUGGUAUCACAAUGACACAUUGCUGGAUCCCUCCCUCUACAAGCAUGAGAGCAAGCUGGUACUGAGGAACCUGCAGCGGGACCAGGCUGGGGAGUACUUUUGCAAGGCCCAGAGUGACGCUGGAGCUGUGAAGUCCCGGGUUGCCAAGCUGACUGUCAUAGCACCCAGUGAGGCUCCUUGCAACCCAACCCCUGAAAGCUACCUUAUCCGGCUGCCCCACGAUUGCUUCCAGAAUGCCACCAACUCCUUCUACUAUGACGUGGGCCACUGCCCUGUCAAGAUCUGUGCAGGGAAGCAGGAUAACGGAAUCAGGUGCCGGGAUGCCGUGGAGAACUGCUGUGGCAUCUCCAGAACAGAGGAGAGGGAGAUCCAGUGCAGUGGCUACACACUGCCCACCAAGGUGGCCACGCAGUGCAGCUGCCAGCGGUGCACGGAGACCCGGAGCAUCGUGCGGGGCCGCGUCAGUGCUGCUGACAAUGGGGAACCCAUGCGCUUUGGCCAUGUGUACAUGGGGAACAGCCGUGUGAGCAUGACUGGCUACAAGGGCACUUUCACCCUCCAUGUCCCCCAGGACACCGAGAGGCUGGUGCUCACAUUUGUGGACAGGCUGCAGAAGUUCGUCAAUACCACCAAAGUUCUGCCCUUCAACAAGAAGGGGAGUGCAGUGUUCCAUGAAAUCAAGAUGCUUCGGCGGAAAGAGCCCAUCACUUUGGAGGCUAUGGAGACAAACAUUAUCCCCCUGGGGGAGGUGGUUGGUGAAGACCCCGUGGCCGAACUGGAGAUCCCAUCCAGGAGCUUCUACAGGCAGAAUGGGGAGCCCUACACAGGAAAAGUAAAGGCCAGCGUGACCUUCCUGGAUCCCCGGAAUAUUUCCACAGCCACAGCUGCCCAGAGUGACUUUAACUUCAUCAAUGAUGAAGGAGACACCUUCCCCCUUCGGACAUACGGCAUGUUCUCUGUGGACUUCACAGAUGAGGUCACCUCAGAGCCACUUAAUGCUGGCAAGGUAAAGGUGCACCUCGACUCGACCCAGGUCAAGAUGCCAGAGCACGUACCCGCAAUGAAACUCUGGUCACUCAACCCAGACACGGGGCUGUGGGAGGAAGAAGGUGAUUUCAAAUUUGAGAGCCAAAGGAGGAACAAAAGGGAAGAGAGAACCUUCCUGGUGGGCAACAUGGAGAUCCGUGAGAGGAGGCUCUUUAACCUGGAUGUCCCUGAAAACAGGAGGUGCUUUAUCAAGGUGAGGGCAUACCGCAGCGAGAGGUUCUUGCCCAGUGAGCAGAUCCAGGGCGUUGUGGUCUCCGUGAUCAACCUGGAGCCCAGAGCUGGCUUUUCUUCCAACCCUAGGGCCUGGGGCCGCUUUGACAGUGUCCUCACAGGCCCCAAUGGGGCCUGCGUGCCUGCCUUCUGUGAUGACCAGUCCCCUGAUGCCUACUCCGCCUAUGUCUUGGCAAGCCUGGCUGGGGAGGAAUUGCAAGCAGUGGAGUCUUCUCCUAAAUUCAACCCAAAUGCAAUUGGCGUCCCUCAGCCCUACCUCAACAAGCUCAAGUACCGGCGGACAGACCAUGAGGACCCACGGGUUAAAAAGACAGCUUUCCAGAUCAGCAUGGCCAAGCCAAGGCCCAAUUCAGCUGAAGAGAGCAAUGGGCCCAUUUAUGCCUUUGAGGACCUCCGGGCAUGCGAAGAGGCACCACCCAGUGCGGCCCACUUCCGGUUCUACCAGAUUGAGGGGGAUCGGUAUGACUACAACACAGUCCCUUUUAAUGAAGAUGACCCCAUGAGCUGGACGGAAGACUACCUGGCAUGGUGGCCUAAGCCGAUGGAGUUCAGGGCCUGCUACAUCAAGGUGAAGAUCGUGGGACCCCUGGAGGUGAAUGUGAGAUCCCGCAACAUGGGGGGCACCCACCGGCGGACAGUGGGGCAGCUGUACGGAAUCCGGGAUGUGAGGAGCACCCGGGACAGGGACCAGCCCAAUGUCUCAGCUGCCUGUCUAGAGUUCAAGUGCAGUGGGAUGCUUUAUGACCAGGACCGCGUGGACCGCACACUGGUGAAGGUCAUCCCCCAGGGCAGCUGCCAUCGAGCCAGUGUGAAUCCCAUGCUGCAUGAGUACCUGGUCAACCACCUACCGCUGGCAGUCAACAAUGACAGCAGCGAGUACACCAUGCUGGCACCCCUGGACCCCCUGGGCCACAACUAUGGCAUCUACACCGUCACUGACCAGGACCCUCGCACGGCCAAGGAGAUUGCACUUGGCCGGUGCUUUGAUGGCACAUCUGAUGGCUCCUCCAGAGUCAUGAAGAGCAACGUGGGAGUGGCCCUUACCUUUAACUGCGUAGAGAGGCAGGUGGGUCGCCAGAGUGCUUUCCAGUACCUUCAAAGCACCCCGGCCCGGACCCCCGCUGCAGGUACUGUCCAAGGAAGAAUGUCCUCAAGGAGGCAGCAGCGGGCAAGCAGGGGUGGCUAGCGCCAGCACAGAUGGAUGGCCUGAGAUCUCCUGGAGUUACUCAACAGCCUCUGGGCAACUAAGUUUUGUGGUACUUCCUACUCUUCUCCUCCCACCUCACGUGACAGCCAUUGUGAGACUGAUGCACAAACUGUCCCUCGGUUAAUUUAAGCACAUCUGUUUUGGUGCAAUAUGCUUGUUUCUUUAUGCCUUUACUGUCUUUGUCCCAUGAUACUUACUGGCCCAAAAAUGUCAAAAUAAAGCCCCUUUGUG